AUGGAACAUACCCAGACGCUAACCGACCUCUGCGAGGUGUUUUACGUUGGGGGUAAAUACAUCGAGGAUGAUCGAGGCACCCAUAUGACGGGACAGGUCUGCGUGCGACGCUUUGGAAAGAAAGUCGAUGACCGACCGGCCAUCAUCUACAUCCAUGGAGCCGCGCAGACGGGCACUCACUGGGAGUCCACGCCUGAUGGUCGACCUGGAAUCGCCUUGCUUCAAGCCCAGGAAGGCUGGGAAUGCUAUGUCGUCGACCAACCGGGUGUGGGAAGGUCACGAUAUCAUGCCCAUGACCUGGGAGAACUCACCCACUACACGGUCGAGGAAUUGGAAGAAUGCUUCACUUCGCCUCCGCAUGAUUCAUACCCCCAGGCCAAGCUGCUUGCUCAGUGGCCAGGCACCGGCAAGAGAGGAGAUGCCUUUUUCGACGCCUUCUAUGCCAGCCAGGUCGGACACAUUGCAAAAUAUCGAAAUGUGGAGCGGGCCUUUCGUCCUUUUGCCAAAGACCUCCUGUCUCGUACUGGGCCAGCCUUUCUAGUGACGCAUUCACAAUCAGGUCUUAUAGGGUGGCAUAUCGCGGACGAGUGUCCGGACUUGGUCAAAGGGAUUGUGGCUUUGGAGCCGAACGGGCCGCCGUUCAUCUACCCCGGUAUGCCCAAAUUCUACACCAGGACGCAAGCUGUCCAGCCGGGGGCUUUUGUGCGUCCCUUUGGAAUCACAUCAACUCCACUGACCUACGACCCUCCUCUGCCAGACGGCACAAAAAGUCUGGAGUUCACACGAGACUCGACCGAGACUCACGACAACAAGGACCAUGUACCAGGAGCCCGGCUGAAGGCCCCCGCACCGAAGCUGCCCAACCUGGCUUCCAUCCCCAUCGUCGUGGUGACGGCUGAGGCGUCGUACCACGCCACGUACGAUCACCACACCGUCCAGUUUUUCCACGAUGCCGGUGUGCCUGUCACACAUGUAUAUCUGGCAGAUCGGGGCAUACGCGGCAACGGACAUCUCUUGGCCAUUGAGAAGAACAACAAGGAGAUUCAGCAGUUCAUCAGCCAGUGGCUGACUGAGACAAUGGCGAAGAAUGCCGUGAAAUAA